GAAACGAUCAACUUUUUUGCAUGUCCAAUUGUUCUAUGAAAAUGGCCUCCAAGCAGUGUGCCGGUUUCGUUGUUUUAUUCUCCCUGCAAAUUUGGCGGGUAAAUUUGCUACACCUGCAUUGCAGGAGCGGGGUCGUGAUCUGAAGUUACAUUUCGCUCUAUUUAAUGCUGCGUUUAUCUUCAACCCCCACGCUAAAUCGUGUUACAUUAUGAGUGUCUUGCCCUUCAAUCAUCUUCUUCUCUGAGUACCGAGUAAAUUUCUCUUGCCGCUCAUUAUGUUUUCGCUACAUAACCGGGAAUUGUCCCCACGAGCGGAAUUUACGGACGUCAGCAUCCAAAGCACGGAUGGAUUGCUGCCAGGUCCAAAAUCGAAAACCCCUGAAAUAUCCUAUAGAACUAGCCUAGGAACUCGCUAUGUCGGUUUCCUUGGUUUGAUUAGUACAACAAUCUUCAGCAGUCUCCUUCUAGUAGCAGAUAAACGAAAUGCAUCGCUAUCUGGCGGUGUCGUCUACGACUUGAUCGUUGAAAAUCGUGCCUCCGUCCAGAUUGUUGUUCAAAUCAUCGCAGCUGCACUCGGACUUGUUCAGGUAACGGCGAUAUGUCGACUUUUCAACUAUGCUACUCGAAUACGAUUGAAACAACGAGCGAUUUCACUCAGUCUGCUGAACUUCUGGAACGGAGUCAGUCUAGCUUCGAUGCGAUGGGACUUGCGUUGGAUGCAUGUUCUGCUUCUUCUGAUGUUCACCCUCAUUUGUGCAAUUCCUUCUGCAUUAUGGGCUGGUGCAAUUACGCCUAUCGACGCGUCUAAAUCUUUUCCAACGACUGUCAUCAUCCCCCAGUACUCAAACAUGACUUCAGUCAAAGAGUGGCCUUCCGAGAUUGAUGCGGAUGGUCCUCAAUUCAGAACCGAGAAAGGCUAUUUCACUUAUUCUCCUGCCAUGCAUUACCUUGGACUUCUUUCACAAUCUCUAUCUACCGCUACAACUAUGGACGGUUCGCCACGCCAGCAUGCAAAGUUCGAUAACUCGAAAUACCUGUACGUUGGUCGGUCAUACGGAAUAGGCGCAUCAGUAGGCCUUGUCGAUGAUGAAAUCUUGGGCGAUACCAUUGCCACGGGGUAUACAUACCAGGAGGUAGGGUACGCAGCUAUGACUAAGUGUAUCUACAAUCAAACCUCUGAUUUCACCUUGGUUCACAAUGGAUUACAGUUGUUUGCAGCUAGGGGACGACUGCCCGACUCUGGUACCAACACUACAGGAGAAUAUUCUGUCUACCUUGGACAUUCAACUAAUUCUCUCGUUGCCAUUGGGGUUGCUGCCGCAAAUACAGGUUACAACCCAAGGUACCUUGCCAUUGCGGCUGGAAGUGAUUAUGAUUAUCUGAACACGACUCAAUGCAGGACUGAGUUUAUUCCAUCACUUUUCAACGUGUCUGUCGCGCUCGCAGGCAGAAACAUUACCGUCACACGAGCGAACGUGUCGACAGAAGACAUUGAACCUAGUGGUAAUCUUACGCAUGUAGUGGAAAGACAGUUUGAGUUGGCUUCUAAUGAUUUGACUGGUAUUUAUCAGAGCGUCAUUGGAUCAGCACUGAAUUUCAGCAUCGCUGAUUAUCAAUCCUACGUAGACAGCCCUUCCUUCAACGAUAUCAGGCCCACCGAUGAAGAGAUAAGUUUGACUGGAAUCGAGAAUUCUGUCACAGCAAUGAUGGAUGAUCUUCUAGUCGCAUACGCGAGCGCACAAUUGAUGAUCGCGAACGAUACUAAGACCGUAAAUGCUACAGUCACCUACGCCGCAGUUCGCCUCGGUCAGCCUAUUUAUGUAUACUCGGUUUUCAUGGUUAAUCUUGCAAUCAUACUUAUAGUUACACUGGAAGCCGUCCGGACUCGGAGCUGGACGCUUCUUACACCAUUUGAUUAUAAUGAUUUGAGCUCGCUUGCAACUGCUAGCUCUAGAGGUGGAUAUCAUUUGGCUAAUGCUCUUACGGCUGUUGCCCGAAAGGUGGAGAAUGUUGACACGGAUUUGAUAUUACGACAGACGAGUACUGGAUUUACUUUAGGGUUGGCGUCGGUAGAAACAGAGGAGAAAUUUCACGGUUGGAUAUGAUUGUUUCAAUAGAAAAUUGUUGUGCCACCAGACAUAAAUUUCUCUGGUGGUUUCUGUAUUUUUAAUUCAAAAAGUUAAUUAACGUUUAAUUUCAACA